GCAGCAGCAUCUUUCUUUCUCACUUUUUUUGACUCGCUUUUUUCCCUUUUUCUGCUCAUAAGAGAGCAAAGAAAAUUCAUUCUCUCGGAAGGACAAAUCUGUUCAGUCUAAUUUUGUAUCUCUUUUCUAUUUAUUAAUUGUGGUUUUAAUGGUUUAUGUUUGAUUACAAUUAUUUCUUCUCUAUUCUCUUAAUUUUUGUUUGAUCUCAACUGAUGUCUCAUUGUUUCUCUUUCAUCUAAAUAAAUGUUCACUUACAGGUAUUAACUUAUAAUCCUGUUUUGUUUUGGUGUUUGUUAAUAUGUGGCAAAACGACGAGAACAAAAUGGAGAUGAAUCAAGGUUGGAACAUUCCUAACAGAGGAGAUGAUAAAAACAGUGACCAUCAGCAACAAAUGGAUGCAGAUAACAAUAAGCUGGGCUUGGAGAAUUUCGAUGAACUUCUUGGUGCUAUUGGUGGUUGUGAUAAUUUUAUGAGCACUGGAAGUAAAAUGACUAAUAAUAAUAGUGUCAGCAAAACCAGUGAUAAUAGACUCUCAUUUAACACUGGACCAAACUGUGAUGAUGGUGAUGACCAUUCUUUCCCUAAUUACAACUUUACCUCUGGUAACACUUUUAAUAAUCACUCAGAAAGGUCCCAGGAUGGACCGAGCAAGAAUGAAGGAUGGCCUUCAAUUAGAUCUCAAAGAGGCGAAAGCAGUGCAAAUUGUGGAGGCCCAUCUAUUAAUUCAAUGAAUAAUGAUUCUGGCUGGGGUUGCGCUAGUCAACAACUUCAACAAAAUCAAUUUCAACAAAAGAAACAAAAUAACAAAACUCAAUCCAACAACCAAGGAGCUCCAGGCCCUAGCUGGGGUAGCUCAACUGCCUCCAAAGGUUCUGGUAAUCGAAAUUGGCUUAACGAUAGCAAUAUUCAGGACGGUAGUGAAGAAAGCCACAUGAUCCGUGAGAAUGAUUUUUCAUAUGGAUCUCAUCCCAAUUCCGCCGUCGCCAUGACUGUCACCGAUGGAGAGGGUAAACCUGCUCCGAAUGACUAUCUCAAAGAUGCUGCUCUCUUUUCUGAUGACUGGGGUAAAACUGUGAUAAACCAGGAAAAGGCCUGGGAUCUCCCUCCGUCCCUUCAGUCGAGUCCAAAUGAGAAUAGCUCUUUGUGGUCUACCGGUUCUAUAACAGGCACAGAAAUUUGGGAAUAUACCGUCCGUAAUAAAACCAAAGCACUUAUCUCAGUGGCUUCGGCUGCAUCAUCAUCAUCAUCAGCUGCACCUAUUGCUGCAACACCAACAGUCUCAACGAAUCAAAAGGUAUCUCAACAAUGGGGCCAUAACUCUGCAUCUCAUAUCGGAGGCACUUGGGGUGAAGAAGAAGAUUCAAGCAAUGUUUGGACAGGCGUUCACUCAGGUGUUUCUGCCACAGCUUCUAUGGCAACUGGAGGUGUAAGUGCGAUUGCAGCUCCUGUUAUGAAUGCCAACAACAAUCACUCUGCUCCUUCCGAAUCUGAUCCAUGCUCUGACAAUGCAGCUUCUAUUUGGGGAAGCUCAAAUAAAGCCAAUAAUGGGAAUGGUGCAUUAGCAUCAAAUAAUGUUUCAAACAACAAUGCUGGAAACUUUGGUGGUCCUAUGGCCGCUGGCUCAAACUUAGGCAUUGCUUACCCAUCCGGUGUUGGUAUGAAGCGUGAUAAUAUGAAUAUGAACAGUAAUGGCAUGAAAAGCUCUUGCUCAUCUUCAGCAUCCUCUGGUUCAGGCUCUGGCUCAGUUAACAUUGGAACCUGGGGCACUUCUCAAGGCGGAUUCAAUAAGAAUAAUGAAUCAGUAAAUCCCUCAGGUUGGGAUGGUGACGAAGAAAAUGCCAGGAAACGAAUUCCUCCUGCAUCUUCCGGUAAUGGUGUCGACGAUGGAACUGCUGUUUGGGGUAAACCUGAACAGCAUAAUAAAAUAGCUCGCUGGAAAGAUCCUGCUAACAAUCCCAAAAUACCAGGUAAUAGUGCCAAUGGAAAUAAUGCUCUUGCCUCACAAAGUAACAAAAAUGGUGCAGGUUCGGGAAUAACUUCGCCUAGUCCAGGAAUGAUCCGAUUACCCCCUGGUGCCCCAGGAUUGAAAGGAAAUAACACAAACAAAGGUAACAAUGGCAGCAACAAUAAUAACCAAAACAAACAAGCCAAUGGAUUGCCAGGUAAUUUCACAAAUGACAACAGUGAUGGUGGUGAUGGUGGUUUGAGUAAUCAAGGCACUGAUAUCUGGAACAAACAAGCCAACAGAGGCUGGAGUGAUAAUCAGAACUCUAAUUCAAAGAGUAAUCAAAUGCCUAUUGGAGGUAAUAACCAAAAUAAUCAUAAUAUUAAUAAAAAUUAUAAUUUCAAUGCUAACCCACCAAAUGAUGAUGAACGUGAUGCUAAUGCUACAAUUUCAUCUCAAGGUUUUGGAUGGGGCCAAAAACAAAAUGAUAAUGGAACUCCUAAAACACCUGGUACACCAAAUACUCCUGGAGGUAAUCCUGCUGGAAAUUGGGGAUCUGAUGUUGGACCUGCAAGUCCUCUUUCGUAUUGGGGAUCGAAAGGACGAACUGGUGGAGCAAAUAAUUGGUUAACUGGCGAUGAGCCCACUGAUGAAAAUAAUUGGAACAAAAAUAAACAAGGAAUGCCUUCUCAACAACAACCUCCGAUAUCAAAAGAAAUGUUAAACAAUAACAAAGUUUAUCGACUAUUGAUGGAAAUGGGAUGCAAGAAAGGAGAUAUUGAAAAUGCCUUACGUUCCAGUGGAUUAUCAAACGGUGAUUUUAAUGAUCUUGCUCGAGCUUUCUCAAUGCGUGAUAAUAUGAAUGAGAUGGAUUUGAGGGGUAAGGACCAGGUCAGCAGCAAUACUCCGACUAGUCUACUCUUGAACCCUGGCCUCGUCAAUUCUAGUCUUUCCAGUAUUAUGAAUCGUAAUCCAUCUCAAGGGAUGCAACAGAACCAGCCACAAGUGACUCUUUCCUCUCACCAGACUCCAGACCAUAUCAUUAACGUCCAACAGUCUAAUUCGCAGCAACAACAUGAUCAAAGCCAAAUUCAUCAUCAGCUUAAUCAAGCGCCUUCUCAAGCAUUACCCUCAAUCAAUCAUGUCCAAAAUGUGCUAAGGAAUCAAGCAGCUAAAAACUUGGGCUCAGGUCAGCCCAAUUUGCCAUCAGAAAAACAAUUGAUGCAUUUGGUCCAACAGAUUCAGUUAGCUGUUCAAUCUGGCCAUCUUAAUGCUCAGAUAUUGAAUCAACCGUUGGCAUUACCUACUAUCCAUUUGAUCAAUCAGCUUUUACAAAAUAUCAAAACACUCCAACAAUUACAACUACAAAUUGCCUCUCACCCCAAAAAUGGGGGACCUUUCAAUAACUCUUCUCAGUCAAAUCUUCACGUACAAAUCACUCAAACCAAGUUACGAAUCCAAAACUUACAAAAUCAGAUAACUAUUCAACAAGGUUUGUUCCUAAAACAACAGCAACAACAGGGACAGAUGACUGGUGGUCCAACUCACUCUCAACCUAUGAAUUCACAAGCAUCACUUGUAAAUCAAUCUGGUUUAAUUUAUUCUCAAUCAAAUGGUGAUAUUGGAGGAAAUGGAGGUGUUCAAAACCAUUCACAACAAGUGUUGGCUUCUGCACAAGCCUCUCAUGCUCAAAUAUUGGCAUUAUCAAAUAUUGGCAAUAGUAACUCUAUUCCUCCGGUAUUCAAUUCAAAUCAUGGAAGUGGAAAUGGAGCUGGCAUGGACUUCCUCAAAGAUAAUGAUAGCAUUCAAUUGAACAGUGAUUUCUGUGAUUUAUCGCUCAAAGAUUUUGUCCAAAGUGGUGCUGGAGCACAUCAAGGGCUUGGCAUUUCUGGCCUCAAUGGAGGUAUGAAUACAAAUGUUGGUAAUCAACAAGGACAACAACAAGGAAAUGGUCGACAACAUCAACAUUCACGAUUGAAAACCUGGAAAUUUUCUAACAUGGAUAGAGUCGAACAUGGUUCAUCUGGAUCAAAUAACAGCGGAAACAAUGAUUUUCUUCGUGCCCCUGGAUCUUCAAAGCAUCAUAUAAACGACAGUGGUGUGAACCGUGGUAAUGGUAGUGAUAAUGGUUCUGGAAUCGGAGGUUGGUCAGGUUUAAACUUCCCUGGAAAUGGAAAUGAUGGUUCAAAUUGGUCAAAAGAUUCCAUGAUGAAUGCUGUUUCCAUGGCCUUUAAUUCUGUUCCUUCCUCUGUUAUGGGACCAAACAGUACGCAAUCCGGAGACUUGAAAGGUUUAGUCAUGUCAAGCUCUAGUGUGACUGGAGGCAUAAUGACAGCUCCUAGCCAAACGACUGUGAACAAUAUGGACCUUAAUGAUAUAAAUAACCUUGUUCCUGAAUUUGAACCAGGUAAACCAUGGAAAGGUGUUUCUGGUAUGAAAAUCGAGGAUGAUCCUCAUAUAACUCCCGGCAGUGUUACUCGAUCUCCGUUCUCUGUGAACACAAUCCGUGAUCCGGCAAUAUUAACCGGUUUGUACAAUAAUUGGUCAGCCAAAGGUGCAAGUCCAACCUCAAUGAAUAGUGAUUUAUUGGCCCCGUCUGUUGGCUUAUCUUCCAACGCUACUUGGGCUUUCAAUACUAACGCCAAUGCCGGUUGGGGCGCUAUUCCGAAUGAAACUCCAAAUAAUGAAGUUAUGUGGAGUGGAUCUAUGACAAAGACUCGAGGACCACCUCCAGGAUUGGGUCAAGAGAGACUUGGUCCACGGGGAGAUCAAUCAAUGGCAGGUAUCCGUCCUCAAUCAAGUUCCUAUGGCAAUUGGAUGAUGAAUCCUUCCAAUGAAGGUGAUCAUAGGAUCAACGCUAUGAUCCUACGAUCAUGAUUCCUCAUCUCUUCAAAAUCUCUCUCUUUCUCUACCUCUCUCUCUCACUCUUAAUAUCCUCACUCGCAAGUACUCAAAGAGGUGACCGAUUCAGAGAUGUAGAGAUUAUUUUCCCUCUCUUGCAAUCACUUAACUUAACGAGAGGUCCUAAACAAAGAUUUAUUAUGAAUUCUUGUAUCUAUGGAGAUUGAUUCUCUUUUUCUUCCCUUCCUCCUUCCAAUUAUUUUGUCUCCUUUUUUCCUCACUUCCAUUUUUUUGUAAAGCUCAUUAGAAAUCUUAUUAUUCAUAGCCUUUACAUCUAAAACCUUUAAAAUUGCAAACCAACCCAUUACAAACCCAUGUAUACAUUCAACAAAUUAGACAAUUAGCAACCACGCAAGCAUCAUCAAAAAAAAGUGAACGAAAAAAAGUUAAAUGAUUGAUAAUUGUGUAAAACAAAGCAUUAACAUUAAGAUUUUUAACAAAACAAAAUCUACAAAGUGAGCUUUAAUCAAGACUAUGAUUGUAAUUUUGGGUUUUGUUUAUCAUUGUCUUGCAAAAAACAAAUUAACUAAUUUUUGAGAGAAAACAUGUUUCAAGUUAAUUAAUGUAAAUAUAAUUAAUAGUCAACCAAAAAAAAAACUAAAAAAACAAAAAAAAAAUGAAAACCUUUGACAGAAAAGCCUUUUUAAAUGUUAUUCUUUUAUUAACAUCAGUCAGUAAUUGUCAGCUUAAGUUCACAACUCCUUUAUUCAUUUAAUAAUCCCGAAUCUGUCUUUCAAUUUAAUUUUUGUCAUCCUUUUCCCUUUUUUUCGUUCUGUACUCACAUUUUUUCCCUUUUCAAUUAAUUGUCUCAAUAACAAUUGUAAUUAUGUUGUAACUCCAAAAUCCUAGUCCAUAGCUCUUUUUGUCAACAGAGUAAUCAAAGGACUGUUUCCAUUUAAACUACAAAUUUCACUUUGAUUCUCUUCAUUUAUCUGAUUUUAAUUUCUGUCCCUUUAACUUAUCUCCAUUUCAAUUAUUAUAUGUACUUGAUUUUUCAAUUUUGAUUUUGUUUUUCUUUUUGUAAAGUAAUCCUUUUGUUGACCGUACAAAGAUUACUAAUCUGAUCAAUAUUGUUAGUAAUUUGUUUUGCUUACUUAUGACACCACAAAAACCCACCAAUGGAGCAAUGAACUUAAUGCUGCCGCCGCCACAACAAAUGAACACAAAUGCGUCUUAUGCCAUAAAAGAAACACAUCUUCACAUUAUCUUUACAUUAUCAUCAUUAAUAUCAUUCUCAUUGACAUCAUCCAAAAAUAAUUGUACACCAAUAGUGACCAAUCUAAUGUAUUUGCCGAAUCAGCGUCAUGGUCAUUGCGAUUUCUCAUUUUUUCGUUGCAAAGAUAACAUUUUCUUCUCUAACUAUUUUCCCUCUUCUUUACAAAACAAACCAUCUCACAAUCACUGACCAAAUAAUCCUUAAUCAGUUCGUUUAAAUUCUGUUCGCAUGUUCAUCACAAAUUAACUACUCAACAACACCUCAACCUUUUGUAUCCCUUCCAAAGACUUAACAAUCUAAAUGCGAAACAUGCUUGAUUAUCAUAACUCUCUUUCUCUCACACUCAAUUUUACCUCUACGUUCGUUUUUGUUUCUCUGUAAUAAUUGCUAUUACUACUAUUAUCUUUGUGGUUACUAUUAUUAUUACUAUUACGAUUAUUAUUACAAUAAUUAUAAUUACGUGAAUAUUAUAUAUAUUUUAUUAAUUCAACAUUUGCUCUACAAAUCUUUUGUUUUGGUAAACGAAAAUUUAAUCUGGCCUUGUAUCAAGUAACACUAAGGUGAAAACCACUCAAUCCUCAAGUUUUACUAUACAAUGAUACAUUUUACUGUAAUGCAAACUCAUUAGUUGAUUAUUAAACUCAAAUCCUUAGUCAGAUACCAGGAAAGGUUGAAAUAUUUACUUGUAUCAUGAGCAAAGAUUUAACAAAAAAUAUUGUUGCGUAUA